AUGGCCCCUCGGGGAGCUGUGAAGCUGUCCCUGAACAAACCCACGUACGCUGUGUGUGUGGUGGGCGUUGAGACGCCGGUGGACAUCCACAGUGAUGUGCCCGAGGGCACGAAGACUUUUGGGGUCUCUGGGAGCUCUGGCGUGGAGGUCUUCACGGUCCACGGCCCCUCACAGGUGACAAAGCCCGCAGGCAAGGCCCGCUGGCCCCUGGACAGCAAUACUGGUGUGUUUGUCUCCGUGGACACAGCCAGCAAGGAUUUAGAUGACCUCCAGGUGAAGGUGUCUUACUUUGGAUCUCAGGAGGGCCGGGCGCUGGGCCACGGUGUGCUCUACCUCACUGGUGUGGAUGUUUCUCUUGAUGUGGACACACGCCGCACAGGCAAGGCAAGGAAGAGCCGGACUGACAAGAAAACCUGGUACUGGGGCCCUGAGGGCUACGGGGCCAUCCUGCUGGUGAACUGUGACAAGGACAGUCCUCGGUCCAGGGACCCGGACCUGAAGCACAGUCAGCUGACCUCCCUGGACGACCUGCAGGACAUGUCCCCCAUGGUGCUGAGUUGCACCGGCCCGGACGAUGUCUUCCGCAGCCACAAGCUGCUUCUGAAGGUGUCCUCACCAGACUCCCAAAGGCUGCGCGUCUUCUGUGCGCGGGGUGGCACUGCCCUGGCCAACUACAAGAUGGUGCUGGGGCCCUCUCGCCUCACCUACCAAGUGGACCGCCAGCAGGGCGAGCGGGAGAUCGCGUUCCACGUGGAGGGGCUCACCUUCCCCAAUGCCCACUUCCCGGGGCUCGUCUCCCUCAGCGUCAGCCUGGUGGACACACGGGCCCUGUCCGAGGUGGCGCUAUUCACAGACACCGUGGUCUUCCGCAUGGCCCCGUGGAUCAUGACACCUAACACGCAGCCCCCCCUGGAGCUGUAUGUGUGCAGCGUAAUGGAUCCCCAUGGCUCCAACGAGAAGUUUCUGGACGACAUGGCUUACCUGGCAGUGAAGGCCAAGUGCAAGCUGGUUGUCUGCCCCCAGGCGGAAAAUCGCAAUGACCGUUGGAUCCAGGAUGAGAUGGAGUUUGGCUACGUCGAAGCCCCCCACAAAUCUUUCCCCGUGGUCUUCGACUCCCCUCGAAACAGAGGCCUGAGGGACUUCUCCUAUAAGAAGAUUCUGGGUCCUGACUUCGGCUAUGUGACCCAGGAGGACCAGUUCUCCGGCCCCUCCAGCCUGGAUUCCUUUGGCAACCUGGACGUCAGCCCGCCGGUCACGGUGGGUGGCAGGGAGUACCCACUGGGCCGGGUCCUCAUCGGAGGCAGCUUCCCCAAGUCCAGCGGGCGGCGGAUGGCCAGGGCGGUCCGUGACUUCCUGGAGGCCCAGCAGGUGCAGGCGCCGGUGGAGCUGUACUCCAACUGGCUCUCCGUGGGCCAUGUGGAUGAGUUCCUGAGCUUCGUGCCCACCUCCGACCGCAAGGGUUUCCGGCUGCUCCUGGCCAGUCCCAGUGCCUGCCUCAAACUGUUCGAAGAGAAGAAGGAGGAGGGCCAUGGGGAGGCAGCCCAGUUUGAUGGGUUAAAGCACAAAGCAAAGAGAACCAUCAACGAGCUACUGGCAGACAGACACCUCAGGAAGGACAGCCUCCACGUACAGAAAUGCAUCGACUGGAACCGCGAGGUGCUGAAGCGGGAGCUGGGCCUGGUCGAGAGCGACAUCGUGGACAUCCCACAGCUCUUCUUCCUGAAGGGCGCCUAUGCCGAGGCCUUCUUCCCCGACAUGGUGAACAUGGUGGUCCUUGGCAAAUACCUGGGCAUCCCCAAGCCCUAUGGACCCCUCAUCCAUGGCCGCUGCUGCCUGGAGGAGAGGGUGCGUGCGCUGCUGGAGCCCCUCGGCCUGCACUGCGUCUUCAUCGAUGACUAUCUGUCUUACCACAAGCUGCUGGGCGAAAUCCACUGUGGCACCAAUGUGCGCAGGAGACCCUUCGACUUUAAAUGGUGGCACAUGGUGCCCUGA